AUGGAGAAGAGAAACUCAACUUCAGACUUCAUUCUCCUAGGACUUUUUAAAGACACAAGACCUCAUCUCUUCCUAUUCAUGGUGGUGCUGACAAUAGCCAUUGCUUCCGUUACAGGAAAUACCCUCACAAUUCUUCUGAUUCAUCAGGACUCCAGGCUCCACAUACCCAUGUACUUCCUACUGAGUCAACUCUCCCUCAUGGACUUGAUGCUUGUUACUACAAUUGUGCCCAAAAUGGCUGCUAACUAUUUGACUGGCAAGAAAUCCAUCUCCUCUGCAGGUUGUGGGUUGCAAAUCUUUGUCUCGCUCACACUGGGUGGUGGAGAGAGUUUUCUAUUAGCAGCCAUGUCCUAUGAUCGCUAUGUGGCUAUCUGUCACCCACUGCGAUACUCUGUCCUCAUGAACUGGCAAUUAUGUUGGCAAAUGACUUUGGGUUCUUGGUUUCUGGGAGCAGCUGAUGGGCUGAUGCAGGCUGCAGCUACCCUCAGCUUCCCAUAUUGUAGGGCACAUGAAAUUGACCACUUCUUCUGUGAGGGCCCCAUGCUGGUGCGUUUGGCUUGCACCGAUACAUCUGUGUAUGAGAAUGUGAUGUAUAUCUGCUGUGUGUUGAUGCUCCUGAUCCCAUUUUGUCUCAUCCUCAUCUCCUAUAGUCUCAUCCUCUCUGCUGUUGUCCAGAUGCGUUCUACAGAAGCUCGGAAGAAGGCUUUUGCCACCUGCUCCUCACAUUUGACAGUGGUGGGUCUCUUUUAUGGAGCUGCCAUUUUUAUCUACAUGAGACCCAAAUCCUACAGGUCAGCGAAUCAUGAUAAGAUUGUGUCAGCAUUCUAUACCAUCUUCACCCCUCUGCUGAACCCUCUUAUCUAUAGUCUGAGGAACAGUGAAGUCAAGGGAGCUUUUCAAAAGUGGUUGGGUAAAUGUGCAAAUAUAAACCAUGAAUAA